GGCGCCGCGGAUUUCGCCAUCGCCAUGCCCAAGGAAGCCCUGCGCGCCGCAGCCAGGCACCUGGCCCAGCUUGCUCUAGAUAUAGCAGCUUGUGCAGAUGCCUCUGGCUUCGACACCUCCGACCUGCGCGCCGCCGCCAAGGCGCUGUUGCAGGCAGAGGCGGGCAGCAGGUCAGACGCCAUCAGCGACCUGGUACGAGAGUGCCUCAGGUUGGACGGGAUAGUGGCCAUGCGAGAUGCGGCUGCCGCGGACGACCUCCGGCGAGGCGUCCUGGACGUGGCACUGGCCGGGGGGACCCUGCUCCGUCUCCGCGUCCUCCCCGCGCGCGGGUUGGACUUCUUGCUCGCCGCCGCCGAGGGCGGCGCGGGGGGCGAGGUCCCCGAGGCUGAUGCGGACGCCCGCGCAGCGCAGGCGGAGCUCGCGAGGGAGAGGGAGGCGGAGCUCCGGAGGAAGAGGGAGGCCGAGCUCAAGAGGGAGGCCCAUGAGCCCACCACGGCGGCGACGACAUGGUGGCGGCGGCUCGCGUGUCGGUUCUCCAGCGCGAGGGCGACGGGAUCCUGGUGGCGGCUCGCCAGUUGGUUCCCCAAGGAGACGAGCGGCGUCAACGAGGAUGACCCCGAAGCUCCGCUGAUAGCACGCAGGCAGCCUGACCCCAGCCCCUCCCCCUCGGACUGCUCGCCGCCAUGGGGCAACUGGCUCACCAUCCAGACCUUCUCACUCGGCGGGUCCCUGUGCCUGCUCCCUUACAUGGGUCCAGCUGCGCUGCUGAGUGACGCUGCCCACUAUGAUAAUGAUUACAGAUGGUGGGUUCAGCUUGCUUUUCAGAUAUGGUGGUGCCUGGUUAUCGUGGGCGUGCCCUGCGCCUUGUGUUGCCGGUCAAGGAUCGAGCGAAUCUACGCCCGUAUUUCCGCCCACCUCGGAAUGCUGGAUCUUUCUGGGUGGUGCCGUUGCCUAUUUCCUGUUCUAUUGGAUACGGUGUUGUUGGGUGGGAGAGAUCUGAACAAGCAGUAAACGGCAGCAAAUUGUUGGAAGCGUCGGCAGCAGAACGAUCCGAUGGAGGUUCAGUAACAUGGCGGCAAGCAAGUUGAAAGCUUCCUGCUUGUCACGAAUGUGUGAAACCGAUAGUAACAAACUAAUAUAGUGCUAUGAUUUUCAACAAAUAUAGAUAUGGGGGUGAAAGGCAUGAUGCAAUCUGUUGUGCUACACUACAUGGAUGGAAUUGUAAAUUGUUGAACAGAUGAUUGUAAAGUGUAGCGAAAAACUUGAUAAUUUUGUAGGUUAGAAGUUCAGGAAUGAGGAUGAACUUGAUUUCUGCAUGUGAACAGAUCAUGAAUCA